ACCCCGCUGGCACCGGCGGCGCCGCCGCUGUCGCGAUUGUCGCGACCCCCCCGGUGGGGAGCGGGGGUGGGGGCGCCCCUCAAGCCCCCCCCGAGCCCCCCCCGGGCCCCCGGGCCGGUGUCGGUGCCGCCGCCGCUGUUUACCCCCGUUUUUUGGGCCGGUUCCACCCGAUUCCCUUUGAAGUCGCCCCGUUGUCGUGACGACGCUGAUGUCACGACCGGGCGGGGCCUCGUGGGUCCCACAUGGCGCCUGCAGAGCCCCGGGGACAUCGGGGACACCAGAGCGGCCACCGAGCGCCGGCGACAGCGGCGCCGCCGGGGACGGGGCAGCCGCGGCGACACCGGUGGCAGCGGGGGGGACGCGGGUGGCGGCGCCUUGGGGACAUCCCGGGGGUCCCGGCGUGGCCGUCCCGCCGUGGGGACAGCGAGGGGACGCUGGGGACAGCGAGGGGACGCUGGGGACGUGGCACGGCCCGGACUGGCGACGGUGCCGGGGCUGGGGACAGCCACCAGAGCCGUGUCCCGGUGUGGUGGCCCCAAGCCCGUCCCCGUGUCCCCAAGCCUGUCCCCGUGUCCCCAGCCUUGUCCUGGCGCCGUGUCCCCAAGGCUGUCCCCGUUCUGUGUCCCCAAGGCUGUCCCGGUCCUGUCCCGGUGCCACCGUCCCCUCUGUGCCCGUCCCCGAUGUCCCCAUCCCAUCUCCACACUGACUCCCCCACACCGGGACCCCCGUGAACCCCCCCAGAAACACCUGGAGACCCCCCCCAAAACAUCUGGAACCACCCAAAACACCUGGAGAGCCCCCUGGAGACCCCCCAAAAACACCUGGAGACCCCCCAAAAACACCUGGAGACCCCCCUGGACCCCCAAAAACACCUGGAGACCCCCCCCUCAAACAGCUGGAGACCCCUCGAACACCUGGAACUUCGCCCUGGAGCCCCCCCAAAUCACCUGGAACCCCUUCAGACCCCCCAAAACCACCUGGGGACCCCCAAAACCACCUGGAGCCCACCUGGACCUUCCCCAAACACCUGGAACCCCCAAAAAACACAUGGAACACCCCCUGGACCCCCCCCUAAAACACCUGGAGACCCCCCCCAAAACACCUGGAGACCCCCCCAGGGGGUGCCCCGGCAUGCCGGACCCCCCCACCACCCUCAGGACCCCCCCCAACCGUGCGGGACCCCCGGGACCCCCCCGGGCGCCGCCCCCGGUGCCCGCUGAGCUGAUUUGCAGUUGCUUUGGAUAA